GACACAUCUACUCACAUUCUCCCGGAGAGGUCCCAGUCCGGGCGACUGCUGCUGCGGUCCACGGUUCCCCGAUCUCGGCAUCUCCUCCAAUGUUCCCGGCCAAGUAGCAACUCAUGCCGUCAACUGGUGGAAGUUCGCCCGUCUAUAUCUAACCGGGGAUAUUUAGCGAGGAGCCAAUGUGAAUGAGAUGUGAAUUAUAGAAGUUGAAUCAUUUAAAGUCCAACUUGAGAAGAUGUGCUGGGAGUCGCGGGAAAGGAGUGCAAUAACAUUCGCUGAAACGGGGGAUGUUUCGUUGCCAAUGGCAACUUGAUAGAAGCGUUCGCCUUUUCGCCGGGGACAUGUUCACGACCAGGAACGAGCUGGGGCUUUUGCGCUGAACGAGACGAGUCCACUUCGCCUUCAGGACCGUAUUCACCAGAUCUGAUUGCAGGAUAUUCGCCCUCGGGACCAACAUGGAGAGCGAUGCAGGAGCCGAGCUCCUCAAUAGAUCUUGCUCGGGUCCCCACGCAACGUGUGAAGCCUCCAACGCCACGGAUUCUAACUCCAUGUACGAGCGCUACCCGGAUUUCUACAUCGUCCUGCCGGUGAUUUACUCCGUUAUCUGCGCCGCGGGGCUGACGGGCAACACGGCAGUGAUCUACGUCAUCUUGAAAGCCCCCAAGAUGAUGACGGUGACCAACGUGUUCAUCCUGAACCUGGCGAUUGCCGACGACCUCUUCACCCUGGUGUUGCCCAUCAACAUCGCCGACCAUCUCCUCCGCCACUGGCCGUUCGGGGAGGUGAUGUGCAAACUCAUCAUCUCCAUCGACCACUAUAACAUCUUCUCCAGCAUCUACUUCCUGACUGUGAUGAGCAUCGACCGCUACUUGGUGGUGUUGGCCACCGUGCGCUCCGAGAAGUUGCCCCGGCGCACGUACCGGGCAGCCAAGGUGGUCAGCCUGUGCGUGUGGGUGCUGGUCACCCUCAUCGUCCUGCCCUUCACCAUCUUCGCCCAGGUCUACACCGACCCCAUGAACAGGAGAAGCUGCGUAUUGGGCUUCCCCAAACCCGAGCGCGCGUGGCUGAAGGCCAGUCGUAUCUACACCCUGAUCCUGGCCUUCGCCAUCCCUGUCACCACCAUCUGUAUCCUGUACACCAUGAUGGUGUACCGGCUCCGCGGCAUGCAGCUCAGCUCCAACGCCAAGGCCCUGGACAAGGCCAAGAAGAGGGUGACCCUGAUGGUCUUCAUCGUGUUGGCCGUCUGCCUCUUCUGCUGGACCCCCUUCCACCUCACCACCGUGGUGGCGCUCACCACAGACGUCCAGGAGACUCCCCUGGUCAUUGGCAUCGCCUACUUCAUCACCAGCCUGAGCUAUGCCAACUCCUGCCUCAACCCCUUCCUCUACGCAUUCCUCGACGACAGCUUCCAGAAGAGUUUCAAGAAGUUACUGGAGUGCAGGGCAGCGUAGACGUUUCGUGUGGGAGGAGGUGAAUUGGUUCACCCCGAAGAUAGACUCAACAACCUGGAGUUAACUCAGUGGGAGAGGCAGCAUCUCUGGUGAUGAAGGAAUUGGGUUCAGUUCGAAGAAGGGUCCCGACCCGAUAUUCCUCACCUCCAGAGAUGCUGACUGACAUAGAAACGUAGAAAAUCGGUGCAGGAGGAGGCCAUUCGGCCCUUCGAGCCAGCACCGCCAUUCAUUGUGAUCAUGGCUGAUCGUCCCCUAUCAAUAACCCGUGCCUGCCUUCUCCCCAUAUCCCUUGACUCCACUAGCCCCUAGAGCUCUAUCUAACUCUCUCUUAAAUCCAUCCAGUGACUUGGCCUCCACUACCCCCUGUGGCUGGGAAUUCCACAAAUUCACAACUCUCUGGGAGAAAACGUUUUUUCUCACCUCAGUCUUAAAUGACCUACCCUUUAUUCUAAGACUGUGUGGCCCCUGGUUCUGGACUCACCCAACAUUGGGAAUAUUUUUCCUGCAUUCAGCUUGUUCAGUCCUUUUUCUGACCCGCUGAGUUACUCCAGCUUUUUUGUGUCCAUCUUCAGUAUGGACAACAAGCCCUUGGGUUCAACUGGGAAAGUUGCCUCAUCAUCUUGCAAGCGUUCCUUUUUCAAAUUUAUCACACAAAAAGAAAAGUUUUCAUUGCCAAAAUUCUGCUGUUGUUCAACGAACUCUUAAAAUGUAGUUCAAUGUCACGUGUAGGGAAGAACUGCAGAUGCUGGUUUACACUGCAGAUGGACACAACGUGCUGGAGUAACUCAGUGGGACAGGCAGCCUCUCUGGAGAGAAACAUAGAAAAUAGGUGCAGGAGUAGAGGCCAUUCGGCCCUUCGAGCCUGCACCGCCAUUCAAUAUGGUCAUCCAACUCGGUAUCCUAUACCUGCCUUCUCUCCAUACCCCCUGAUCCCUUUAGCCACAAGGGUCACAUCUAACUCCCUCUUAGAUAUAGCCAAUGAACUGUGGCCUCAACUACCUUCUGUGGCAGAGAGUUCCAGAGAUUCACCACUCUCUGUGAAAAAACAUGUUUUUCUCAUCUCGGUCCUAAAAGAUUUCCCCCUUUAUCCUUAAACUGUGACCCCUUGUUCUGGACUUCCCCAACAUCGGGAACAAUCUUCCUGCAUCUAACCUGUCCAACCCCUUAAGAAUUUUGUAAGUUUCUAUAAGAUUCUCCCCUCAACCUUCUAAAUUCUAGCGAGUACAAGAAGGAACGGGUGACGUUUUGGGUCGAGACCCUUCUUCAGACCGAGAGCCAGCCAUCCUUUCACUCCAGAGAUGCUACCUGUCCCCUUUACUAUUAAGUCACAGCUGCUAAAAGCACAACAGCACGGUCAAUAGACAAUAGGUGCAGGAGCAGGCCAUUUGGCCCUUCUAGCCAGCACCGGUCAAAGUCUCUUUACAGUUAGAACCUUCCUCUCACCCUCUCGUUUAAGAGAAUUUUGUUUGUUUAAAGCAGAAAUGUUGCGUUAAAACUUUGCUGUGUGGGCCGGUAACUCCAAUGGGACUAUACGCGAGAAUGUUGCAUGCAAUCGGAUGUGCGAGAGUGUGCCGUUAUAUGUAGGGGUCACGGAAUGGGGUCAAACAAGACUUUAUAAUGUGUGGCUAACUCCUAGAAUCGUCGAAUUCAUGGCAGCCACAUACCGCCCCCUACUGUUUAUGCUGUUGCAUGACCAAAUGAACUUAAUUCUGAGACCCACCGAUUUUAUUUAAAAUAACCUUAAAGUUCUUGCACUUGUAAUCUGUGUUGUAUCAUUUGGUCGGCGUGGGUCUCCAAUGUUAAACUGUCUGCUCUUGAUAUUUACUGUGCUCCGAAUGACACAUUCUAUCAUCAAUAAAUGUCACCUUACAACAGAUUUCUUGUUGAUAUUUCCAACUAUAGUUAGCCUGGGCUGCAGAGUUCCAGAUUUGAAAGGGUCUAAUAUUAAUCUUGGAAUCAGAGAGAACAUAGAAAAAAGUACAGCAGGUGACACAGAGGUAGAGUUGCUGCCUGUGCGGAGUUUGCAUGUUCGCCCUGUGACCUCGCGGGUUUACUUCCGGUGCUCUGGUUUCCUCCCACACUCCAAAGACGUGCGGGUUUGUAGGUCAAUUGGCCUCUGUAAAAUAGCCCCUAGUGUGUAGGACAGAGCUAGUAUACAGGGGUGAUUGUUGGUCGGUGCGGACUUGGUGGGCCGAUGGGCCGGUUUCCACACUGUAUCUCUAAACUAAACAGAGGAACAGCCCCUACAGACCACAACAACUGUGCCAGACAUGAUGCCAAGAUAACCUAAUCACAUCUGCCUGCAUGCGAUUCACACCCUACUAUUCUCAGCUUAUCCAUGUGCCUGUCUAUAAAUCUAUCCUAUGUUUCGACCACCACCCCUGGCAGCACGUUCCAGGCACCCACCACUCAUUGUGUAAAAUACUUGCCAUGUACAUCUUUAAACUUUGUCACAGAGUCCUACAGUGUGGAAACAGGCCCUUCAGCCCAAUUUGCCCAUGCCAGCCAACAUGCCCCAUCUACACUAGUCCCACCUGCCCGCGUUUGGCUCAUAUCCCUCUAAACCUGCCCUAUCCAUGUACCUGUCUAAAUGUUUCUGAAAUGUCGCGAUAGUCCCUUAGUUCCUGCCUCACUUACCUCCUCUGGCAGCUCGUUCCUUGCACCCAAUACUCUUUGCGCGAAAAAGUUGCCCCUCGGGUUCCUAUUAAAUCUUUCCCCCCCCUCACCUUAAACCGAUGUCCCCUGGUUCUCGAUUCCCCUA